GCCCGGUUGAGAGAACAGAAAUUUACCGAUUUAAAUAUACACCUUAUAAUAUAAUGAGAUAACAAAGUUUUUGCCUGUUUUGAUACAUGAAAAUGUUUUCUAGCACUAAGGAAAUUGAUGUUGAGAGAUUAAGAUCCCCAUUUGAAAGUAAUACAGAGUGGAAAAUUAGAAAAAAGUUCCUUGUAGAACAUGUUAACAAAUUUGAUGAGGAUCGUUUGAUAUGUUUAUCUCUCUGUUAUGUGAAUGUCAGGCAGAUGGGAUGCAGCUACCCAACAGAGGUGAUGAAACAACUGAAUGAGUUGGCAAAAGACCUAGGAGAAGAUGACAUCUCAGAUGUCACAAAUCUUCCUAGUCGAAUCAAAGGCAUUGAAACUGUAAAAUUUGUAAAAUCAAGUGACAAAAUAAGUCAAGAUAGUAGUUCAUUAUCAGGACCAUCACCUCCCAAAAAGAUUGUACCUAUGUUUGGUAUGAACUUUGUAAAAUCAAGUUCAGAAUUUAAAAGUACAGAUGUUGCUAUGCAUGAAGAACAGUCACAACAGAAAUCUGAUCAAUCGUUGGUACAUGUAUGUGAUAUGAAGCCAUUUCCUACUCAAAGAGCUAAAGGAUCAGGACUAGGAUAUGGGACACCUAAAUACAGUAUUACUGGCAUAAAAGAUAUAGACAUAAGGUUCAGAACAUUAGCCAAUGCUAUAACAGAUCUGAAGAAAAAGUUUGGAAGUUCUAAAAACAGUAUUGAGAUUCUGCAGAUGGCUGUAGAUAAAACCAAAAUGUCUCUUGAUACUAAAUUUAGAGAUAUUGUGGGUUCUCAAUAUGCACAUACAUUUGUGUGCAGUCUGACGGUAGACUUUGUAGAGAUUUCAGAAGGGAAGGCAACAAAUAAAAAAACAGCUAAACAUACAGCAUUUGAUUUAGCUGUCGAAAAGUUGCAUAGUACGGAUAUUUGUGUUGACCAGUCUAUUCCUGACAGGCCAGUACUAAAACAAUACAGUGUUCAAAGGCAAUCAUUUAACAGUGAAUGUACUACCAAACAAACAGCUAACAAUGAUUAUUUAGACAAACAAAGAAGUGCAUACAAUUUACCAUGUAGCUUCGUAAGUCAUAAUACACAACCAGAUUCUUUUGAGGCAUCAAAAUCUUUUGCAUACGACUCUUCAAAUUAUGAUGACUCAGCUUCUUAUAAUUCAGAGAUGUAUGAAUCAAACUUUAAAGCUGUGAGUAAAGGUAACAGACAACUAGCAAAUUCUUUAAAUGGGGAUAUAACAAAAUUCAUUAUUUUUGAAAAUGUUAGUAUUGAUAAUACAAGUAAUCCGUUGUCAAUUUUGAGACAGAGUUGUGACAUCAAUAAAGCAUUAUUGGAAUUCCAUUAUGAAUUAGAUGCAAAAGGUGUUAACAUGCACUGCACAGUAGAUAUUGAAGGUGAGACAAUUGCAGAAGCUUCUGAAGAAGGUAAAGUCCAUGUAAAAACCCUUGCAGCACUAAAAGCUAUUAAUGAACUUAGAAAAAUAUGCUGGACAAUUAAAAUUAAGCAAAGUAUUGAUUGCCAAAGUGAUGAUAGUAUUUCAAGAGAUUCAGUUAUGGGAGAAAUUCAGAAACAAAUGGAGACAAUAUCUGAUGAUAAUAUUGGAAGCAAGUUACUUCGUAAAAUGGGUUGGAGUGGUGGUGGUGUAGGAGCAGUGGGAAAUAUUGGAAGAGAAGAACCAGUUGCAGUUUCUUUGCAGCAAAUUAUCAAUCGCGAAGGUCUUGGACUUAACUCAGGUGAUGGGAUGAAAGACUUCAGAAAUAAAGUUAGAAAGGUUGUGGAAGAUUAUGCAAAAUCUGAUGCGCAGGAAGACCUUUCAUUUACAUCGGACUAUACAAAGGAAGAACGUGCAUAUAUACAUACAAUAAGCCAGAGACUUGGAUUGAAAUCUCAAAGUCGUGGAAAGGGAGAUAAUCGAUAUUUAACAUUAAGUAGAAAGAGAACAACAAACCAAUUGUUUGACCAUCUGAUCAAUGAAGGUGGAUCAACUCAUAAAUAUGAACUUGUUCCUCCUGAAAACAGUGAAUAUUAAGCUAUAAAUACCUUGGUAUCAAAUUUUUAAAAAGUAUGAUCGUAAAUUGUUAUAGGCUCUGUUUCUAUUAGUCAGUUGUUGAUACAAAAAUGUUGUUGCUUAUUGCUGCAUUUACCAAACUUAAGUUAGAGUUGCCUACUUGAUGAACAGACACUGAAUAUUGACUUCUAGGUUAAGGCCAAGAAACAGUAAAGUGGGUCUCAUUGGGGUCUAAGUGUGACCCGGGAUUGCCGAUUUUUUGUAAGCGUGACACGUGAAAGUCAAAUUUUUGUGCCGUGAAAACGGGAAAUGAA